AAAGAUGAAUUUCUUGGGAAAGCACGACGAUCGAAAAAUUACCGAUUUACGCAUAUCAGAGUGGGGAGGUGAGAUCUACCAGAGCUCGCUGCUGCUUUUUCCUCUCUCAUUCAAUUCAAUUUCGACGUAAUGAAGAUGGAGCUGGAGCUGGAGCUUGAGCUGGAACAAUGGCUGUCGUUGAGUUGAGGUAGUAUGUGAAUGAUUCUGCGGCUAACUUCGAUGGACGUGGAAAGGUCGUCGCUGUGCAAUUGCGUCGUCAACUUUUUGCUGGAGGAGAACUAUGUGUUAACAGCAUUUGAGCUGCUACACGAGCUUCUCGACGAUGGCCGGGAUGCGCAUGCCAUUCGCCUCAAGGAGUUCUUCUCCGAUCCUGCUCACUUCCCUCCUGAUCAAAUCACUCGCUUUAAUUCUCUUCGAGUUGCAGACCCUCAAAGUUUGUUGGAGGAGAAAGAAGCAAUAGAAGAAAAGUUAGCUAUCGGUGAGUAUGAGCUGCGCUUAGCUCAAGAAGACAUUUCAAAAUUGAAGAGUGAAUUGCAGAAAAAGACUGAGCCCCAUUCAAUUGAGUUGAGUGAUUCAAAGGCUGAUUCUACCUUUAGAGGUCGGCAAGAGAUUCAUCAAGAAAAGAGAAAUCCCUCCUCUGACUUGGGUCCGCUUAAAAGCAAUGAACGUCAAGAUCUAAAUUGUGCUGUGAAGGAAUAUCUGCUUAUAGCAGGGUAUCGACUUACAGCAAUGACAUUUUAUGAAGAGGUUACAGACCAAAACCUUGAUGUUUGGCCGAACUCACCUGCAUGUGUAUCAGAUGCCCUGCGUCACUACUACUAUCAAUAUCUAUCCUCCACCACAGAAGCUGCUGAGGAAAAAAUUGCAAUGAUCAGACAGAAUGAGUCUUUGCUUGAAGCAAACAAGAAAUUAAAUCAUGAAAAGGAAUGCUUGCUAAGAAACAAGGAUUUGGCAGAGGGUCAGAUAGGUGCAUUAACAAAGUCUUUAGAGACCAUGCAGAAGGAAAUUAAGAACAAAGAGAGACUGGUACAAGAUUUAAAGAAAUCCUGGGAACACCAGAGAAAGGAACUCAAUGACUGCAGAUCUGAAAUCACUGCACUAAAAAUGCACAGUUCGGGAUCUCAUUCUAAUUCGUACUCAGUUGUUAAUGAUGCGGAUCCUGGCCAACUACAGUCGUCUGAAACAUACAAGGAGGAAAUAAAGUUACUGCAAAUUGAAAUUGAGAAUUUAAAAGCAAAAAAUAUGAAUUCUUCGGAUCCUGUAGAACAAAUAGUUUUGAAGGAAGUGACUGAGAAGCCGGAAGAAAGAGUUGUUGAGAUACAUGAAGACAAAAACAAUUUAUCUCAUGUGUCAGAUGCAGGUGACAAUGUGCUAUCUGUGAAAGCAGACAACCUAGGAGAUGAAGCUGUUCUUGAAAAGGGUUUAGGGACUAUUCAGAUACUUGCAGAUGCCUUACCAAAGAUAGUUCCUUAUGUUUUGAUCAAUCAUCGUGAGGAGCUUCUUCCCCUUAUAAUGUGUGCAAUUGAGCGUCAUCCAGAUAGCAGUACUAGGGAUUCCUUGACUCACACGCUGUUUAAUUUAAUCAAACGUCCAGAUGAACAGCAAAGACGUAUCAUUAUGGAUGCAUGUGUUACCCUUGCUAAGAGUGUUGGAGAGAUGAGGACAGAAACAGAGUUGCUCCCACAGUGCUGGGAACAAAUUAAUCACAUGUAUGAGGAGCGUAGACUACUUGUUGCUCAAUCAUGUGGAGAGCUAGUAGAAUUUGUUCGGCCUGAGAUUCGUGAUUCUCUUAUUCUGUCUAUUGUGCAACAACUGAUUGAAGAUUCUGCAACUGUUGUGCGGGAGGCUGCUGUUCAUAAUCUUGCUAUGCUGCUUCCACUAUUUCCAAACAUCGACAAAUAUUACAAGGUAGAGGAGAUGAUGUUCCAGCUAAUCUGUGAUCCGGCCGGUGUGGUUGUGGAAACUUCAUUGAAGGAACUGGUUCCUGCAGUUAUAAAGUGGGGAAACAAAUUAGACCAUAUCUUAAGAGUAUUGUUGUCUCAUAUUUUGGGCUCUAUUCAGCGUUGUCCACCUCUUUCGGGUGUUGAAGGAUCGGUGGAGUCGCAUCUUCGUGCUUUAGGUGAACGAGAACGCUGGAAUGUUGAUGUUUUACUGAGAAUGCUGGCAGAAUUGCUUCCUCUUGUGCACCAAAAAGCAAUAGAAACUUGUCCAUUUUCUUCUGUAACGCAGGCAACCGGAACCGUGAUCUCUACUUCCUUGCUUGAAUUGUAUGCAGGGGGAUGCAUCGAAUGGCCAGCAUUUGAAUGGAUUCAUGUAGACUGCUUUCCUGAUUUAAUACAGCUGGCCUGUUUGUUACCUCAGAAAGAAGACAACUUAAGAAAUCGAAUUACCAGGCAGACUUGGCAUUUUUCCCUUCAACUAUCCAUUCAAGAAUCAAAGGUCUUAAACCAAAAACCAUUUUGGGUGAGAGACUUGCAACAAUUUGUGUUAUACCAGUUCUUCUAGCUGGUGUGUUGGGUGCUCCUAGUAAACACGAAGAGUUGGUGCAGUUUUUGAGGAAACUAUUAGUUGAAGGUACUAAGGAGGAGAAUCAGCCAGCAAAUCAAUAUACUGAGAUUGUGGAUGCAGUCCGCUUCUUUUGCACAUUUGAACAGCACCACGGUAUGAUUUUUAAUAUUCUGUGGGAGAUGGUUGUUAGCUCUCACAUAAGUAUGAAGAUCAGUGCUGCCCGUCUGCUGAAAGUUAUUGUACCUUACACUGAUUCAAAAGUUGCGUCUACUCACAUUUUGCCUGCUCUCGUUACUUUGGGAUCGGACCCAAACUUGAAUGUGAAGUAUGCAAGCAUAGAAGCAUUUGGAGCUGUUGCACAACAUUUUAAGAGUGAUAUUAUAGUGGAUAAGAUAAGGGUUCAAAUGGAUGCCUUCCUUGAAGAUGGAUCCCACGAGGCUACAAUAGCUGUGAUCCGUGCAUUGGUGGUUGCUGUACCUCACACAACAGAAAGACUUCGAGAUUAUCUUUUAUCCAAGAUCUUCCAACUCUCAGCCACACCACCAACUUCAAGUGCAUUGAUGCGUCGCCGUGAGCGAGCUGAUGCAUUUUGUGAGGCAAUUCGCGCUCUGGAUGCUACAGAGCUAUCGCCAACGAGCAUACGAGAAUUGUUCCUACCCACGAUGCAAAACCUUUUGAGAGAUUUAGAUGCUCUGGAUCCAGCACACAAGGAAGCUCUUGAAAUCAUAAUGAAGGAGAGAUCAGGAGGAACUUUUGAAACCAUCAGCAAGGUUAUGGGCGCACAUCUGGGAAUUGCUUCAUCAGUCAGCAGUUUCUUUGGCGACGGUGGGCUGUUGGGAAAGAAAGAAACAUUGGAGCCAUCUCAAACGGAACCAGUUGAGGCGCCAAAUCCUGCCCCGGCAGGCCCGCCGCCAGCGGCUGAGGACACAAGAUUCCGGCGGAUCAUGCGAGGAAGUUUCACCGACAUGCUCCGAGGCAAAGUAAAAAACCAGGAGGAUUCUCAGAGCCUUUGAUAUAGGACACUUCUCGCCGGCGCCACCCAUUGAGGCAUGCCGUACUCAGUAUAGUCUAUAGUGAAGAACCUGUUUUCUUUUUUUGUCUCUUACAUGAAAUGAGGUUACCAUUUCUAAUAAGCUUACAUUCUUUCAUUGAAUUAUUAUUAUUAUUGUUAUUUGACCUUUUCUCUUUUUUGUAUCUUAUUUUUUGCAAUAGUGAUAGGAAAGGGGGACUACACAAUUAUGAGAAGUAAUGUUCCUUUACUUACAUGUAAAAUGAAAAUAAUUAGUGUAUUUUUAA